ACCAAUCAUCCAAGCUUCCUUGAUUGUUUUCUCUUGCUUCCCCAAAAAUUUCCGCGAAACUCCAUUUCUUGUCCAAAACCCAGAUCCAGAGGAAACCCCACGAAUAAAUUUUCCGAUAAAUUCACACCCUUUAGAUUCUUUUCUUAUUCCAUUGCUUCCAGCAAAAUACCAUCUUUUUCGAUAUACCUAUGAGAUUUUCUUCUCAAGACCUAACUUUUCUCUUACUUUUCCCACCCUACUUUCUACAGAAAAUGCAGUCAGUUGAUUAUCAAAAUGUUCGUUUCAGCUCUCUGAUUAAUGGGUAUUGCUAAUUUUUAGUGGUUAUGCCAUAAGGGGUUCAAUUUUCUUACUUGGUUCGGAUUUUUGGAGGGAUUUAUUGUGUUUGAGCUUGAUUGUUUAGUGGUCGAGUAGCUGGGUUUUGGGUUUGCCUGUGGUGAAGUGUAUUUGGAUAUCGAUUAAGGGGAGGUGGCGGUAAUUCUUGUAUUAUCAUCGGUUGAGGUUAGAUCAUGGAGCAUGUCAUCGGGGGGAAGUACAGUCUGGGACGAAAGAUCGGCAGUGGAUCGUUUGGUGAACUUUAUUUAGGAAAUAACAUACAAACUGGAGAGGAAGUGGCUGUCAAACUGGAAUCUCUGAGGACCAAGCACCCACAGCUUCACUAUGAGUCAAAAUUGUACAUGCUUCUUCAAGGAGGAAAUGGCAUUCCCCAUUUUAAAUGGUUUGGAGUUGAGGGCGAAUACAAUUGUAUGGUCAUUGACCUUCUUGGACCUAGUCUUGAAGAUUUGUUCAAUUAUUGCAAUCGAAAGUUUUCUUUGAAAACAGUUUUGAUGCUUGCAGAUCAGUUAAUAAACAGAGUAGAGUAUAUGCACUCACGGGGUUUUCUUCACCGUGAUAUAAAGCCCGAUAACUUUCUAAUGGGUUUAGGGCGAAAAGCAAAUCAGGUAUACAUCAUUGAUUAUGGCCUUGCAAAAAAAUAUAGGGAUGUUCAAACACAAAGGCAUAUACCAUACAGAGAAAAUAAGAAUCUUACAGGGACAGCUCGAUAUGCUAGUGUUAACACUCACCUUGGAGUUGAACAAAGCAGAAGAGAUGAUCUGGAGUCCCUUGGUUAUGUGCUUAUGUACUUUCUGAGGGGAAGCCUUCCCUGGCAGGGCUUGAAAGCGGGCACCAAAAAGCAGAAAUAUGACAAGAUUAGUGAAAAGAAGAUGCUUACUCCCAUAGAGAUCCUUUGCAAAUCGCAUCCAUCAGAAUUCACAUCAUACUUUCAUUAUUGCCGGUCAUUACGGUUUGAGGAUAAACCAGAUUAUUCAUACCUGAAGAGGCUCUUUAGGGACCUUUUCAUCAGAGAAGGUUAUCAAUAUGACUAUGUUUUUGAUUGGACUAUGCUGAAGUAUCCACAGAUUGGCUCCAGCUCAAGAACAAGGCCAAGUAUCAAAGCAGCUGUGAGUCCUGCAGGACCAUCUGCUGAAAGAGUAGAAAGGCCUUCAGUGGGCCAAGAGAUUCGUGAUAGGUUCUCGGGUGCAGUAGAAGCAUUUGCUAGACGAAAUGGCUCUGGCCAUGGUUUGCACGGUGAUUACUUGAGGCAGAGAUUGUCAGAUGAUGUGCCAUCAUCCAAGGACCAAUCUGAUCCUGAAAGGCUUCGUUCCUCCUCAAGAAAUGGCAGUACUUCAAAGAGGGCUGUUGUAUCAAGCAGCCGUCCUGGCUCCUCUGGUGAGCCUAGUGAGAACCAUUCGAGCAGACUUAUUUCAAGCAGCGGUCACCUAUCAACAACUCAACGAAAUCAACCUGCAUUUGAAUCCAAAUCAUCGUCCUUCUCUCGUGCUUUACCAACAAGGGGAGGUCGCGUUGACCCUUUUCGGAGCUUUGAGCUGCUGACAAUUGGUUCUGGCAAAAGGAAAUAAACAACUGCAUCCAUCUAUUGUUAAGGAGGGUUUGCUUCUAAUGAGGGUGAUUUUUCCUCCCUUGUUUUCAUCAAGAUCCUGGUGCAAUAUCGUUUUUACAGUAGUUUCUGUGUUUAUUAUGUGUUCCUUCCGGAUCAAAAGCUCAUCCUCACUGUUACGAAGCCUCUCAAGUUCAUCAAAAGAAGAGAUGAAUGAUCUCUUCAUGAUGCAUUGUUCAUAUAUUUGUUAGCUGUAAUAAAUACUUUCAAAAACAAAAAAGAGCAAGUUUGCUGGAGAAGGCUAUUAUUAUUUUAUUGUAACAAAUAGCUCUCCGGCUUUACCAUCUCUGCUUCUGGAAGAAAAAAAGGCUCUUGUUUUGCUUUAGAAUUUACAGAUGUGCCUCAUGAAUGAUUUCUGUUU